GGGUGGGGCACAUUGGAUGCUUCGUUACCAAACACAGUCUCUAAUCUCGAACCAGUAGCGUACACACGUAAAUAAACUCGGAACCAAACAAGGAAAUAAGAAGAAGAAGAAGAAGAAGAACAAGCUUUGAAGCUUUUUAGCUUUCUUUGCCAAUUUCUUUUCUCUCUCCUUUGUUUUUUUCCUCUUUUUGCUGCUUUUUUUGCAAUUUCUCAAUAUCCUCGCUUCGACGCGCUCGAGGAUUCCAUAUUUCGCUUGUUGUUUGUUUGUUUUUGGGUAAAACCCCUUUGUUAAAUUCUGUUUAAUUAGUUUAAUUAUUAAACGAAUUGGUUAAUUUUGAUACGAAUCUUCCGCUCUCCUUUGCGGUUUCUUAUUCAAAGCAGAAGAACAGCUUUGUUAUGGCCGCCUAAGCGCUCGCUCUCUCUCUACCUUUUUGUGCCAUCGUCUGUUUCUCUCUCUUCAAGUUCGAGGUUUUUCAGAGGUGGUGACUUUAAAAAUGACCAAGAAUGAAGAUUCAGGUAGCCCUGGGUGGGGGGCUUCGUUUUUCAUGCAAACGACUGAGGAUGUUGCACGGGCGGUAGCUGCUGCGGCGGCAGCUGCCACCGCCUCGCGUUCUCCGCGGCCGUCGGUGAUAUUUUCGUCGAAAGAUGAUAAUGGUGGCAGCCAACUUCUUAAAAUACAGCGCCAAGUUGCAAGUUUCCUGAAAGGCUUCUCACAGCCUCCUGAAGUGAAAAGUGUAACUUAUAAUCCAGAAGUUCUUACUAGCCUGAAGCGUCAAUGGGCAAACUUUCAGUUGCAGUACUUGGACCAUAGGUCUUUAAAGGAGCCAACGAGGCUUUUUGAGAGCAUGGUAGUUGUUGGACUUCACCCCAAUUGUGACAUCCAGGCACUCGAGAGGCAAUAUGUCGGAAGAAAGUCCGAAGCUUCUGGAAAACUGCGAAGUACACUUAGUUAUCAAAAUCAAUCACGUGUAGAACCCAAUCUCGAACCACAGGUCUUAUUUGUUUACCCCCCAGAAAAGCAGCUGCCACUCAAAUACAAGGAUCUUCUUUCAUUUUGCUUCCCUGGAGGCGUGGAGGUUCAUGCUGUUGAAAGAACUCCUUCCAUGAGUGAAUUGAAUGAAAUUCUUCUUGGACAGGAGCACCUUAAACAAAGCGACCUGUCCUUUGUAUUCCGGUUACAGGUUGCUGAUGAUUCAACAUUGUAUGGAUGCUGCAUGUUAGUUGACGAACUCGUGCACAAACCCUCUGGGUUGCUUUCCAUUGUCUCAGAUAAACAACCUCCCUACCCCUCUUUGAGCCGCCAUAUGCUAACCACUCGGAGAUGUUAUUGCAUUAUCUCAAGGCUUCCCUUCUUUGAAUUACACUUUGGUGUAUUGAAUAGUAUCUUCACAGAAGAAAGGUUAGAACGACUAACAAAAGGUAUUGCUGGUUUAGAUUUUGAAUCACCAGAGGACCAUAACAAGGAAGAAAUAGAUGAAAAUACAGAAGAAACUACAGAUAGUGCAUCACGAGAUGAUAGUGCUGCUGAUGACAUGCUUAAUGGAUCAGUGGAAUUUUUCCAGAAUAAAGAUUCUGAAACUGUAACAGUUGCAGACAAUGGGAAUACCCCAGAAUAUGAAAUGCUCGACAAAGAUGUUGACUUGCUUAAGAGAAGGAUUGAUGAUAAUGUUGUUCUAGUUGAGCAUGAAACCCCUAUAGUUACAGCCAAAAGAGAAUCUGUUGCUGCAAAUAGGGAAGAAUGUGAUGUUUAUGCUGAUGAAAUUGUUUUAAACAAGCAAGGAGUAGAAAAGCGUUUACCAACUGCUGUUCUGCCUCUCCUGCGCUAUUAUCAGUAUGAAAGCUCUGAAUCUUCAUCAAGUUUUCAGGGUUCUCCUUGUGAGGACAGGAAUUUUCGGAGCGACGUUGAUGAUACUGAGACGGAAGAAGCAUCCUUUUCUGGCCGAGAUGAUUCUAGUGAUCUUAUUGAUAUUUUGGAAUGGGCUAAGGCGAAUGACCAUGGUUCACUCCAAAUUAUAUGCGAAUAUUACCGCCUACGUUGCCCUGCAAGGGGUUCCACGCUCAGAUUUCAUCCUUUGGAGCACCUGCAUCCCUUAGAGUAUCAUAGACCGGAAAAAACCGUCAUACGUAUUGCCGGUUCAACUAUUGACUUGAGGUCAUGCAGUACAACGUUAGAAUAUGCUGAGGCACAUAAUGCACUCUUGGUGGAAGAAGAAGCAAAUGCAUUAUCAGUAUGGGCUAUUGCAAGCAUAUGUGGAUCUCUACGUCUUGAAAGUGUAUUAACAUUGUUUGCCGGAGCAUUGUUGGAGAAACAGACAGUGGUGAUCUGCUCCAAUUUGGGUAUCUUAUCGGCUAUAGUAUUGUCCAUUAUACCUCUGAUUCGUCCCUACCAGUGGCAAAGCCUGCUAAUGCCGGUUUUACCGAACGACAUGCUAGACUUUUUGGAUGCACCUGUCCCUUACAUUGUUGGUGUAAAGAACAAAACCAAUGAAGUUCAGUCAAAGUUAUCCAAUGUCAUUCUGGUUGAUGCGAAUAAGAACCAGGUGAAAUCACCUACCAUACCUCAACUGCCAAAACAAAAGGAAUUAUUAUCAUCCUUAAGUCCUUACUAUGCAAAGCUUGUUGGAGAAAGUUAUUUAGCGAAGAAAAGGCCAACGUACGAGUGCACGGAUGUACAGGUUGAAGCUGCCAAGGGGUUUCUAUUGGUGUUAAGAGCUUACUUGGAUUCACUUUGCUCUAACCUCCGUUCUCACACUAUUACAAAUGUACAGUCAAAUGAUGAUAAGGUAUCUCUACUUUUGAAGGAGAGCUUUAUUGACUCAUUCCCUAGUCGCGAUCGACCAUUUUUGAAGCUUUUCGUGGAUACACAACUAUUUUCUGUACAUACAGAUCUUGUGCUCUCUUUCUUCCAGAAGGACUAAUAAGAUGUUUUCAAGGUUUAGUGUUGAGUUCUGUUUUCAUAUUGUAACUUGAACGUAAGUUCAGUGUUAUCUAGGCUUUCUAAAUUAUAUGAUUCGACUGAGUUGAAAAGAAAAUUUUUGCUUGAAAUGUUCUUCCCCCUCAUCUGCUGUAUAUAUGAAAAACGAAGUCUGGCCUGAGUUUGCAGCUCUUUUAUGAGAAUAUCAUGUAUUCUCAUCAGAAAUGUUUAUGAACCCCCCUCUCUUCAUGUACGUUUGCAUCAUUUGGCUUCUACAGAUUAUAUACAAAACAAAAGGAUACAAUCUUUCUGUUUUAGCAUUCCA